UCUGAACUUUAUACUGCGCGUCAUCAGGUUCUGACAUGUGGACAAUUUCCUCGUCGAUUACUCGUUUUGUAAAUUGUGUUGAAGGAAAAGAAAUCAGUUGAGAAGUGAAGCUGAAGGUAAGGAAGAACCAUGGGUACACGGGCAGAGGAAGGGAUGCAGGCUGGGUUCAGUCUCCAGCUGGUGAUGACGCAGGGCCUAGUGAUGCCCGCCGGCAUCCUCCAUCACAUCGCCUCCAUGAAGGAGCGGACAGUCCGGGAUGAUGAUAUAUUUGUGUGCACGUACCCCAAGUCAGGCACACAUUGGGUGUGGGAAAUACUGAACAUGGUCGUGGCAGGGAAAGCAGAGUAUGCCAAACACUGGCAGAAUUCUUCAUUCUACGAGUCUAGGACGGAGGAGGACCUUGACACUCUUCCUUCUCCCAGAAUCAUAUUUACCCAUCUUACACCAGACCUACUACCACAAGACAUAUGGAACCGGAAGUGUCGUGUUGUCAACGUUCAGAGAAAUCCCAAAGACGCCGUGGUGUCCUUCUUUGUCCAACACACCAAUCAGAACUGGGUGGACAAGUCACGUGAUCCGGCCUUCGUGGGUUCCUGGGAUAACUACGCUGACGCCCACAUCAAGGGAAACGUGCCAUUUGAUUCUGUGAUGGAACACAGUCUCCGUUGGAACCGAUUUCCACAGGAACACCCAGACGUUCCAUUCCUACAAGUACAGUUUGAAGAUCUCAAGAAAGAUGCUGUGCGGGAGGUUCGGCGCCUGGCUGAGUUCAUCAACCGCCCUCUCUCUGAUGACGUGUAUGAACAAAUAGCUGAAGCGUGCAGCUUUUCUAAGUUGAAAUACGCUUCCGAAAACAUCAAAGACCAAACGUUCCACAACCGAUGGAGGGAAGGGUCAAGCGGCUACUUCAGGAAAGGUGAAUCGGGAGACUGGAAGAACUGGUUUACUGUUGCGCAGAGUGAAAGGUUCGACGAAGUGUACCAGAAAUUGUACAAUCAUCCAUUUCCUUACUGAACGUUCCACUAAUCCACGUGCAUCACGUGUCGUAGUUCAUGUUACCAUGGUUACAGUACGGAUUUGUCUCAUAUACAGACUACCAACAUUUUGUCUUAUUGACUCGCUAAGUCCCCCAAACGAGUGCGUGUUCCAGGUUUUCUGAGCCUCCGAGCCAAGAUCUAUUUCUUCUCGAUUUUUGUCGAUAUACACCAAGGUCUUUGGAGAUUUUUGCAACAACGUUUAUAUUUAUGUGUCUCACUAACGAUAAAACAGUCAUUAUCAUCAAAA